CUUGGCUUGGUCCGUGGUGGCCUUCGUCCCAGACAUGAAUCCGCCCUUUCCCACUCUCUUGGACCUGUUUCUGUCAUUGCAGAUACCACUAAGCAUCGACAUACACAACCCCCCGUGCUGCAUCUCCUCUCGCAGCUUCGCCCCCACCUGAUUCUCCUUUGGUAUCCUGAGGAUCGUCGACUCCCAUUGAUCCGGCCGCUAAUAGCCUACUACUCUCGUGAUCGACUUGCCUGUCUGCUGCCACACCGACCACGUCGGAUCUGGGGGAGGCACGUGCGCAUCCACCGAAUCUGUUCGAUUUCUCCGCGGUGACCAUCUAGACUAUGUAAACGGCGCGUCCUGGCACCUUUGCUCCGGGCUCCUGUACCGUGUAUCGCCGGUUCACUGUUCAACACUGCUCUCUGUUGCUGUCUGGCCCCUCUUCGGAGGCGGGUCAGUGGCCCUGCCAGCGCGUACCAUGUUGUCCCCUUUGGACCGCUUUGCCGGGCCCCCGGAUACCCGCACCGCGAUGGACAACAACCCGACCUUGCUGGUGAGCUGGUGGGCUACCAUGUUCUCAUUCGUGAUCAUCGUGACGCGCAUCUGCGGACGCUACGUCCGCAUCGAGCGUUUAUUUCCCGAGGACAAGGUGAUGAUGAUCAGCGUCAUCCCGCUGAUAGUGCGCAUGGCCUUGGUACAUCUGGUUCUAAAGUGGGGCACCAACAAUACCAAGACAGAGGGAUUGACGGAGGAAGAUAUCCGACUGCGCGAACUCGGUAGUCGAAUGGUACUGGCGUCCCGGAUCUUCUAUGCUAUCUUUAUCUGGACCGCCAAGCUCACCGUCUGCGAGUUUCUGAAACGGCUGACCUGGAUGAUCUGGCGACGGUCGAUCCAGCGCUUCCUCCAAUUCCUUUACUACUUCCUGGUCUGCACCUUGAUCGUCGUGGUGAUCGCCACGCUGGCCGAAUGCCAGCCGUUCGACCACUACUGGCAGGUCGUGCCGGACCCGGGACCCCACUGCCGGUCGGGCUAUGCCAACCUCAUCACUAUGGGCGCGUGCGACGUGAUAACCGAUCUCCUGCUCGUGGCCUUUCCCAUCCCGCUAAUCCUCAGGAGUCACAUGACAGCGCAGCGGAAACUCUCGCUGGUGGUCCUGUUCGCCCUGUCGCUGAUCCUCGUCGGCAUCACCUGCUACCGGGUGCCGUCCGUGAUCAAAAACGACGGGUCGCAGCAGUAUCGCUCGCUACUGGCAUCCCUGGAGAUCCUCGCCGCAACGGCCGUAGCCAACGCGGUCGUCAUCGGCUCGUUCGUGCGGGAUCGCGGCAUCAAAAAAACCAAGUUCAAGAAGUCCGACGGCUCCGCAUCGGUCAGCGAAAGCAUGGGCCUCAGCUCCUCUCGCCGCGCAACCAUUUCCCACCACCAAUGGGGCAGCGACGACGACCUCGCGGGCGACCUAGGCAUGCGCCUGGACCCGAAGCUGUGUUCCUCAGAUCACAGGCUCCCGCGGGUAGCACCCGUCGCAGGCGCCUACGUGCCACCCCGGCCGCACGGCGUCAACUCGAGAUGGCACUUCCCGGGCGAGCAACCCGGCCCGGACGACGACGAGGACGCCGACGACCGCACCUCGACCACCGGCAGCCUGGACGUUAAAGUACAUCCACACGAGUACCUCCCGACGAACAAUCCGUCCCGCAAGCCCUCACGCAAGCCCUCGCGCAAACAAUCCAGAGACUCCAGCGUCUCACCACGACACCUGUCCCUCGUCGACAUCAGCAGCGGAACAAGCCAGACCUUCACCACCACCACCACAGCACCACCACACCUCAGCUUCACCCAGCGAUACCCACUUCCUCCCCCCCAGUCUUAUUCACCGACGAGUCCCCUCGAAGAGGGAGGGAUCCCCCUCCAAGACGUAGGGGGCCUACUAUCCGCCCCGCCUACUCAGUCGUCCACACCCAGUCGCCCUCGCAGAUCCAGCCCAGCACAAUGGCGCAGACCGAGUGUGCAUUUUGGCGAUCCGCCAGACUACGUUUCUGCUGCUGCUUAUCGGCCGCCGUCGGAUGUGCCGGUGCCGCCCAUUCCUGAGGGGGUGUAUGAGGUUGAGCUGCGGGAUGUGGGGGGGUUAUUGGAGAGGCCUUCCUGAUUAUUAUCCUCAUGUUUCCCUCUUAUCACUCCCAUCCUCAUUCUCAUCUUAUUUUCACACUCAUCCUCAUCCUCAUCAUCAUCCAUAUUCUAUACCCAUUCUCCUCCACAUUAUAUACCCAUUCUCAUCCUAUCCUCAUCCUAUCCUCAUCCUAUCCUCAUCCUAUCCUCAUCAUCAUCUUACAUACACACAAACAUAAUCUCACGCAGUCACGACGUUAGACGCUGUAUCAUAUGGGAGGAUUCGGAAUAUCUUUUUAAUAUCUUGUUCGUUUGAGCGGGUGGACAGGCAGAUAGCUACGGCGCUGAUUUAUUACGGACAUAUCAUGAAUCUAACUUAUGAAUUUAUGCACUGGAUAUUAAA